AUGCUGUCAUAUUCGAGAACGUAUUGUUUAGCACGGGUGCUCUUUCUGGCUUUGGCCCUCCUCACGACGUUUGGAUCCUCGUUCUCAUCGCUGGACACUCAUCAUCAUCAUUAUCAUCAGUUGUUCAAGACGACCACCACGCCAUGGCAGCAACCAAUCCGACGAACCUUGCGGCACGCCACCCAACAACAACAGACGUCCCAAGACCUGCUGGAUACCUUUGAGUCUUGGUUUUCGUCCGUCGCUCCUCCAUCUGCGGUCCAUGGUUCCAUUCGACACGCCUUUUUUGGAAAUUUGCGCGGUUUGGAAUGGACGGCUUCUCCAUCGUCAACACCGUCUGCUCCCGUGAUAUCCGUUCCUCUUUCCCUUGUAUUGCAAAGUGAUAUUCAGGAUUCCACCGACAAGGAUGAUUGGGAUUCCAACUUGGCCCGUCAACUCUGGUCCGAGUGUCUAUUGGGAGACCAGAGCAAACUGUCGGGCUACUGUGACUUUUUAACGCAAGGACGACAGUAUUUGCCAGUUCCAUUGAGUACAGCUCCCAAUGCACUCCGGCAUUGGAAAAAAGAGGAACGACAAGCACUGCAACAAUCCACAGCAGGAAAGAAAGUAUUGGAAUUGGAACUGGCCCAACAAGAGUUGUGGAAAACCAAAUAUGAUAAAGGGACAAAUGGCAAUGACAACAACAACAUGUCCUGGGAACAGUUCCAAUGGGCCAUGGAGGUCGUACACUCUCGAGCCUUUCGUGGAAACUUUGGCAGCAAGACUGGAGAUCAUUCCGAUCAAAACACGGUCUUGUCUCUAUUGCCAACGGUCGUGCCGCCAUUGGCCGCCGCAGUGGGUGGCUUGGUCUAUGUUCAAAGCACGCCCUAUCCCAACGAUGUGGUCUUGGCCGGAUUGGGGGCACUGGCCGUUGCACCCUUGGUCAUCAAUCUGCAAUCAUCGUCUUCUCCUUCGGCGGUUCUGUUGCCCAUGAUUGAUUCUGCCAAUCACCAAGAAGAUGCCGACAGCAAGAUUGAAUACGAUCCCCUAACCAAAUGCUUUCAAAUGAGUAUUGGGCCCAAGUGCUUGAUACAACCAUCUGCCACUAACGGUGAUGAUCACCCCCAGCUUUGCGUUAGUUAUGGCAAACGAAGCGACGCGGAACUGCUGCUGAAUUAUGGAUUUCUACCAGAAGUCUCCUUGUGUUCCGACGACGUGUCACUAUCGGAACAAAGAGCCCGCCUAGCCGAUGCCUUCAAUCAACGAAACUACUAG